AUGGGUAAUUGCCAUUAUGGGCAGAGAUGUUGUUUUGCCCAUGGAAUCAGUGAUCUCCGCAAGACUAGGCGUAAUUGGCAAGGACUGGAAACUGAGGAGGGCUUCAAGGCCAGGACUUGUGAUCAUAGAAGAACUUCUAAUGAUGUAUGCAGAUUGUUCUUGAAUGGGGGAAAAUGCACAUAUGGAGACAAAUGCCGCUAUCCUCAUCAUGUAACUCCUGAAAACAUCAGAGAGAAGUCAGCGAUAAGCAUUUCAACUACUGGGGCUCACAUUGGUGGUUCUGGUCAAUUUUACAGCAAGAGGUCUUUGGAAAUUCGGAGGACGUUAACUUAUGGUGGUGUGACAAACUAG